CUUAUGGGUAUAAGGGACUGGAACUCUUAUUAAAAAGAAAACAGGAAAAGCACACACCUGCUUGGUUCUCAUGGAAUUUACGACGCUUCAGUUUUGUGGUUUCUCUUAGUGCAGAAAUGCCGACAGCAGAGAAUGGACUUGCUUGUGGUAGAAGAAAUUUUACAAAGAGCAAUUCAAAAUAACCACGAAACAAUCAAUCUAAGCCACAGAAACAUUGGUGUCUUGUCCAAUAGCUUCCAAAAGCUUAAAAAUGUCAAACGUUUGUUACUUAAUGAUAACCAGAUAAUGAUGCCCCCAUCUGAGUUAACAGAUCUAGUCAAACUGGAGGAACUUGUUCUUGACAACAAUAAAUUGACAUUGCUACCAACAGGACUGUGCAAACUUACUAAUCUGACUUACCUAAAUGUGUCUCAUAAUCCACUGAGUGUUCUGUCAGAUGAAAUUUGUCAGUUAAGUAGUCUACAUCAGCUAUGGCUUGUGGAUUGCCAAAUAGUAAAUUUGCCACCAAAUAUUGGGAACUUAAAAUAUCUGAGGAAAUUGAGUGUGCGGGAAAACUAUCUGGAGUCGCUCCCACCCAGCUUCGUGGAACUAGAAAAUUUAUCUUGGCUGUGCUUAUCCGAAAAUACAAUUAGAAACUUACCAAAAAAGUUCUACAAAUUGACCAGUUUGACUCAUUUAAAUUUAAAUCAGAAUCAGAUAAGUGAAGUACCAGACUCAGUGUCUGAACUCCCCCACCUGACAUGUCUGCUGAUGAAGAGUAACUUUAUUAAGGAAGUUAAAGAUGACACAAUACUGGCAUUAUCAAAACUCACAAAAUUUGAUCUCAGAGACAAUGAAAUCCAGGAAAAACCAUCACAUUGGAAGGGCCUGGAUUAUAUUAUGAUUGGGCACAGUGGGUUGAAUGGUAUUCAGAGCAAUGAUGACCUUACAAGCGGUCAAGAUGAAAUUGAAAAUGAGUGUUCAGAUGAAGAAGAGGAAACUGAAGAAAUUGACGACUCUUAGAAAUCCAUCAUUGAUAGUUUUGUGAAGUGCAUGGAUUGUUUUCUGGUAAUAUUUCUCAAUGGACACAUUUGAAAAUGUGUAUUUGUGAUAGUGGCUCCUGCUUUGUAUUAAUAUGCAUACCUAUUAAUUAAUGUAUGGACUGUGACUACAAAUUAUAAGCAUGGUUCUAUAUAACAGAUUAUUUCUUCUGAAUACAGAAUUUAUUUUUAAAAGCA